ACAAAUCUCUUAUUUAAUUGGCUAUAACUAACAUUUAUAAUUCUACAUGGAACGUUAAAAAAAUUUAAUCCUACGUAAUUAAAUAAAAUAUUAAAUUAAACAAUAAUAAAACCGGGUAUGACACAAGAUUAAAACAAGUUACAUUCGUUACGGAUCUCAAAUAAUAUGCAGCCGGGGCUUCAUUAGCCGCCUAUCAUAUCCUUUUCCCACAAAUUCUACCUUUUAUGACUGCAUGAAUGACAAAACUUCUUGACUUCUACUACCUCCAAUUCCUUGUACUAGUCUUCAUCCAUAAUUCCAUUUAGAAACGUAUCGUUGUUCUCCCCUCAUUCAUUCUCUCUCACUCUCUCUCUCUUUCAUAGAAGUUAAAGAACAUUAUUACAAUGACUACUACUCCAUUUUCAUCAAUACCCUUGGAAAAUUUCCCUUUCUCAUUGACAAACAUUAUUCCAAUUUCUCAUCAUACACCCAUCUCUUCUUCUUCGUCGUCUUUGAUUGAUGUUUACAAGAAUGGACUUAUUGGGAUAAAGACGACGAAUACAAAGACAGAGCUAGGGAUGGAGAUGGAUAUGAAUUUUCAACAUGAUCAUGGAAAAAGAUUAGCUCCUAAUGAAUAUGUCGGAUCGUCGAGUGGUGGAAUCAAAGAGAACAAGAAAGAUAACAAGGAGAAAAUGAAAUUGAGAAGGCAUAGGUAUGCUUUUCAUACAAGGAGCCAGGUUGAUAUACUUGACGAUGGUUAUCGUUGGAGAAAAUAUGGGCAAAAGGCUGUCAAGAACAACAAAUUUCCUAGAAGCUAUUACCGAUGUACUCAUGGUGGGUGUAACGUAAAGAAGCAAGUGCAAAGACUAACAAAAGAUGAAGAAGUCGUUGUAACAACUUAUGAAGGAGUACACACACAUCCAGUUGAGAGGUCUACUGAUAAUUUCGAACAUAUUUUGAAGCAAAUGCAGAUUUACGUCCCUCCUUAGAUAUACUUUUUCCAUUAUUAAUUAUACCAAAAUUCACACAAGAUCGACCAAAAAUAUUUAAAAUGGAAGAUCUUUAUAAUACUUCGUCUAUCUUUCUGUUUUUUUUUUUUUUUUUUUUUUUCGUUUUCUUAAUUUUUGUUCAAUGAGUAUAUAGGUUUUGUAGUUUUUUAAUUUAUAAACUCAAUACUCAUAACUAUGUUAAAGUUAUAAACUCAAUACUCAUAACUAUGUUUGACCAAUAAUUGUCAAACCUGCCUUUGUUUUUUUAUAUACACCUUUAAUUAAUUUGUCACU